CCUUAUUCAAUCUCUGCGGCUCUGUAUAUAUCUUCAUAUCUAUCAUCAGUUUCAGUUCUCAUAACUAAUACCCAUUACGAAAUCGACUGUCUUUUCUCAUUUCCUGCUUCAAAAACAAACAAAAAUGAUGUCGCUUCAGUAUGAUAUCAUCUCCACUCGCAUUGCCUCCUUAUCUUCUUCUUCUUCUGCAUGUAUUAGUCGCCGUACGAAUUCAGAGCUCCGGCAUUGUUUGUUCUUCAGUCCAGUUUCAAAUUCUCAGAGGAAAUUUACGACCUUGGUCAAGGCUACAUCAAUUGACUCGAAAAACCCAGUUUCUUCUACAUCCGCCGCCUCAUUCGGUCAGUUGAUAGAAUCUUUGAUUGAUAGAGUGGAUUUGUCAGAAUCAGAGGCUGAAGCGUCUCUUGAAUUUCUAUUGAAUGAAGCUAAUGAGACAUUGAUUAGUGCCUUUCUUGUUCUGUUGAGGUCCAAAGGGGAGACAUAUGAAGAAGUGGUGGGAUUAGCAAGGGCAAUGAUCAAUCACUGUAGAAAGGUUGAAGGAUUGGAUGAAUAUGGAGUUGUUGAUAUAGUAGGAACAGGAGGUGAUGGAGCAAACACAGUGAACAUUUCGACAGGGGCUUCGAUACUCACUGCUGCUUGUGGUGCUAAAGUUGCUAAGCAAGGAAAUCGCUCGAGCUCAUCCGCCUGUGGAAGUGCUGAUGUAUUGGAAGCUUUAGGAGUUGUAAUUGAUCUAGAUCCCGAGGGAGUAAAAAGGUGCAUUAAGGAAACUGGAAUAGGGUUUAUGAUGUCUCCAAUUUAUCAUCCAGCAAUGAAGAUUGUUAGUCCUGUGAGGAAGAAACUGAAAGUGAAAACCGUGUUCAACAUUUUGGGACCUAUGUUAAAUCCUGCUCGGGUUCCAUAUGCUGUUGUUGGUGUCUAUACAGAAGACCUGGUCCAUAAAAUGGCUAAAGCACUUCAAAGAUUUGGGAUGAAAAGGGCUUUGGUUGUUCAUUCAGAAGGCCUGGAUGAGAUGAGUCCACUCGGGCCUGGACUAGUCCUGGACGUUACCCCCAACAAAAUAGAGAAGUUUUUGUUUGAUCCAGUUGAAUUUGGGAUUCCUCGAUGUACACUAGCUGAUUUACGAGGAGGAGAUCCAAAGUACAAUGCUGAAGCGAUGAUCCGUGUCCUGUCAGGAGAACCUGGCCAUAUUGCUGAUGCCCUGGCGCUUAAUGCUGGAGCAGCGCUUUUGGUCAGUGGAAGAGCGAGUUCUUUGGGUGAAGGAGUCUCCAUGGCUCAAGACACAUUAAGAUCGGGAUCAGCCAUGAAGACUCUGGAUCAAUGGAUCAAAGUAUCAAAUAUGAUCAAACAUCAGAAGGAUUGUGUUUCUAGCCCGGUUGCUGUUUGAUUGCUCAAUCGAGAAGGAACCGAGGCCUAUUGGAAAUGUAGUUUUGAAAAAGAUUCAUGUUGCAAUGAAGACAGUGUUACUAAACCCCUAUUUUAUACAUGUAAAUGAGCAAAUAAGGUUGUAAUGUAUUGUUUUAAUCAUCAUAUGUGCACUUCAAGUUUUUUUU